CAACACCCUUCAAACUGCCCUUGUAUUACUAUCUGCUCCUCGCCUCGUCCCGCGUUAGGAAUGAAAAUGCGUGCAGCGUGACCAGUGGGUCAGCUGCACGCGCCACAUAUUUCGCACAGUAUAUCUAAUCGAAGUCUCCCGCAGUCAGGGUCCUACAUACAAAUCGCGUCUAUCUUCCCCUGUCCUCCUAUAUCUCCAGUCCGGAAAGGACCUGUUUUCGACAUGUCAGAUCCCAUACCGAUCCCUGGGGCGCCAAAAGAACCGGCCUACAGCAAUGAGGCUGCCGCCGCUGAUGUCCCAGGCAGCCUAGGAAGCAACACGGAUGGAACAGAGGCCUUGACACCAGGCUGGCAAUCUUCCACUCCAAACAGUCCCUAUCUUCUGUCGAGAAAUAAUUCAUACGUGGGAAGUCAGUCCAUGCAGGAAGAUUGGGAGAUUCCGCUUGACAAGAUCACUUUCUUCGACAUUUUCGAUAACCUCGCUCUACCUUCGAAGCUGGAAAAAUGGCAGGCGACCUUGUCCGCGCAGAAAGAGAAGAUAGCAAAACAACAAGAGAGGAUACGAACAUCAGGCAACAAUGCCAGAGACAGGGCCGUCGCUGAAUGGCGCAAGCGAGUGCCUACGGCCGACGAACAAUUGGCAAAGUAUCGCUCGCGGAUGAAGAAAUCUGUCGAUGAACUAAAUAAGAGAUGGAAUGACACAGUCACCGUUUCGAUCAGAGAAAAGGUGUCCUUUAUAUCCGCUGUCCUCAACGUCUUCAUCAGCGGCUACCUCAUCGGCGCCAUGCCAGAAUACUUCUACUAUUGGUUCACCAUACAGCUGAUGUAUUUCAUGCCGAUCAGGCUGAUCACCUACAGGCAGAAAGGCUACCAUUACUUUCUAGCAGACCUGUGCUAUUUUGUCAACUUCCUGUGCCUACUCACCAUUUGGGCGUUUCCUCGAUCCAAACGACUCUUCAUCAGCACAUAUUGUCUAGCAUACGGCAACAAUGCCGUUGCCAUUGUCAUGUGGAGAAACUCCCUGGUCUUCCACUCCUUGGACAAAGUAACCAGCCUUUUCAUCCACGUCAUGCCGCCAGUGGCACUGCAUUGCAUGGUUCAUUUGACGUCCGACGAGUUCCUACGCGAACGGUUUCCGGCCGUGUACACCAUUAAAUUCAGCCCACCGGGCUCGAAAGAGCAUUACAAUCUGUGGGCCAUGCUAGGCUGGGCAACACUCCCUUACGCUGUGUGGCAACUCUCAUACCACUUCUUCAUCACUGUGCGAAGGCGCGAGAAGAUUGCGGCAGGACGUCCGACGUCCUUUACCUGGCUGCGCAAAUCGUACGCGAGAACAUGGAUCGGCAAAUUCGUCAUUUCACUUCCAAACUCGCUACAAGAACCGGCAUUCAUGCUGAUCCAAUAUUCGUAUGCUUUGCUCACCAUAAUCCCCUGUCCGAUUUGGUUCUGGUAUCGCUGGGCAAGCGCGGUUUUCUUGCUGGUGGUGUUCAGCUGGAGUGUCUGGAACGGUGCCAACUACUACAUGGACAUCUUCGGCAAGAGAUUCCAGAAGGAACUCGAGCAAAUGAAGCGUGACGUGGCAAAGUGGCAGAAUAGUCCGGGCGCAUUUUUGAGUCCUCCAAGUGGGCCCUUCGACACCGAUGGCUCGAGGGAUGAUGACGGCAAUGUUAAAGGCCAUCACAAACGGAGGAGUAUUGACUCAAUCCCGUUGUUGGACGAGACUCACCAGAAUGGCAAGGCCGAAACAGGUGCACGCACGACAGGCGCAGAUCUCCUCAAUGAUCCACAGCUAAGCGUCUUUGACCGAAAGCCCCUCUCUUGAGUAGUUUGCAAGACCUGGAAAGCGCCAGCUUGGAGGGGGCCGUUUCAAGAGCAGACGAUAGGAUGGCAAGUGUACUUCGACCUGCUUGGCUUUUUUGCUUUAGAUCUGGGUGCAUGAUAAGCUAGGCGUUGUGGGCUGGUGCAUGAAAUUGAUACCCCGUCCCUUUUCUAGCAAUGAAAUCGUUAUGCCUA